AUGCGUCUGUACCACGCUCUGCUCGUCACGGCUCGUCACUGCUACCGCCCUGCUGGCCAGCAACUCCCUGCCGGCUCGUACGGGACAUCCAGUAAAUCUGCAGCAGUGAGCCAGGACUCGACGGCCAACUCGGACGUUGGUGCCAGCCAGGGCUCCGCCCCGUCGAAGUACCCUGUGCAGCAGGACUCGAACGUUGCUUCUGGCUCGGGGGCUCCUUUCAGUGACGACGACACCCAGCAAGGUGUCGUUGUCCCCGCCACACCCUCGGACUCGGGUUCAUCGCCCAGCGCCACCACUGGCGUCGGUGCCAGCCAGGAGACGAUGAACUCGGGCUCGGGAGUUUCCCCCGCCAAGCAGGGCCUCGCCACGCCUGCCCCGACCCCCGGCCUGGAUGUCGCCGCUAGCCAGGACACGGCUCCGUCCAGCUUCAACGAGGGCAUUCCCCCUAGCACACCGGGUAAGCAGGGUCUCACGACUCCCGCUCCGACCACUCCGUCGACCGACGAAGCCCCACAGAAGACUGAUGUCGCUGCUUCCUCUGACGUUGCCGGUGAGGCUGACCCCUCGGUGGACGUGACGGAAGCGCCUACCGCCACCACUCAGGCCCCCACGGUCGCCUCGAGCUCGAGCUCUGCUAUCGCUGCCGGCAACUCCACCACGCCUGCUCCUGCCUCCCCUCUGAAGGACAACUCGAAGCUGUGCGCUAAGCCGCGCGUUGUCGUCACGGGGGUCGACGUGGGCGCCACUGUCGAGAACGACGAGGACGAGGCCGCCCUUAAGGUCAUUGCCAUCGCUGCUCUUCCAUCAGGCGGCUCUCGCAUUGCCUUCCAGAGCGGUGACAACGUUAUCGUGCGCGAGCUGGACGCCAACGACAAGCUGGUGAGCAGCAGCCUCGCCGUCAAGGUGCCGCUGCACGACUUCGGUGACAUCUACGCCGACAAGGACGGCUUCGUCAUCGUCGGCACGAGGGACGCUGAGGGUGGAGGCACCCUGAACUGCGGUAACCGAGCAACCUGUGUGGCACGGCUCCCGACCCGGCUGUGCCUUGCUACGGCAUGUACAUGCGCUUCGCUGCCCCCUUACUCGACGUCGGCCACCGACCCGGAUGUCUACAUGAUCUGGUGGUACGCUCACCACGGCCGCAUCGCGUUCGACGGCACGAACUGGGCCGCGUACUUCGGCGCUGCGCAAAUCACACUUCGUCGCAAUUUGAGAGCAAAUUUGCGUUCACCUACACCUAGAUUUGCGUUGGGAUUGUGA